CACGGACUGACGUUACUUGGGAAGGGAUGUGAAUUAAUUUAAAAUGAAGCACGAUAUUCUGAUGACAGGAUAAGAAUACCGACAGAGAAUUUAAUACUGACAGUAUCUUAACAGUACCAGUGUGACAUGGGCGCGCACACUCACUGGUAAGCAGGAAAGCUGUUGGGUUCAUGAUUUAUAAAGCGUACGCGUUAAUCAGGCGGAAUCUGAGCGGGAGCGCGCAUCCGAGAGCGCGCACGCGUUCAGCACCAAGGACAGCGGAGAUAGCGACGAGCCUCAGGUCACCAGACCAGAAUGGAGCCACGCCAAAAGCGGGGACACAGGAGAUUAUUUUAACAAAAAGGAACAUUUUAAACGUAAACCGAAUAAACCAACGCGCUGGACUUUAUAUAUCAUUAUUGGUUCAUAUAUAUACUGUAUAUAUAUCAUUACUGCUUUAUUUCAUCCUAUUUAUAAAAGGAGAAUGAAUCUUUGAGGGGAAAUAUCAACAGGAGCGUCACCAAAACAAGACGCGUUUUUUUUUUCAUCUUUUUUUUAAUACAACGUUUUCUGAUCAACUCAAAUAGACCGAGAAAACACAUACAUACCUAAACAGAUCGGAUAAAUGUGACCGUAUUCCUGUGCUUCACAAGUUCUUUACUAGGAAUCUGGUCCAUUAGGCUGCCUCAUCGACGGACCCUGUGCAUGACAGCUCGCUAAUACGCGCGGAUCCAGAGGCAGACAAACAUGCGUCUGGUUCUCUUCGCCUUCCUCGUGUCCUGCUCGUGUGCACGGGGAGGCUGCGAGCCCAAGAUCGUCAACAUCGGCGCCGUGUUGAGCCAGAAGCGGUACGAACAGGUGUUCAAGGACGCGGUGACCCAGGCCAACAAUAUCUACGGCAAAGACAAGUUCAAGAUGAACGCGAUCUCCGUCACGCACAAGCCCAACGCCAUUCAGAUGGCACUGUCUGUGUGUGAGGAUCUCAUCUCAAACCAGGUCUAUGCCAUUUUGGUGAGUCAUCCUCCCCAGUCCAAUGACCAUCUAACCCCGACACCAGUGUCCUACACAGCUGGAUUCUAUCGCAUACCUGUAGUGGGACUGACCACCCGCAUGUCCAUCUACUCAGACAAGAGCAUCCAUCUGUCGUUCUUGCGCACGGUGCCUCCUUACUCUCACCAGGCUCAGGUGUGGUUUGACAUGAUGCGAGAAUUCCGCUGGAAUCACAUUAUCCUGAUCGUGAGCGAUGACCACGAGGGCCGUGCAGCACAGAAGAGGCUGGAGACUCUCCUGGAGGAGAGGGAGACGAAGAGUAAAAACAGGAACUAUGAAAACCUCGACCAACUGUCCUAUGACAACAAGCGAGGACCCAAGGCAGAGAAAGUGCUCUUGUUCAGCCCAGACACAAAUCUGACUGCACUGCUCCAGGAGGCCAAAGAGCUGGAGGCAAGAGUCAUCAUCCUGUCUGCCAGUGAGGACGAAGCAGCGGCCAUUUACAAAGCUGCUCGCCAGCUGAAUAUGACCGGCUCCGGUUACGUGUGGCUGGUGGGAGAAAGGGAGAUGUCUGGUAAAGCACUAAGUGAAGCUCCAGAUGGCUUGCUCGGCCUCCAGCUGAUCAACGGCAAGAACGAGUCGGCGCACAUCUACGACGCCGUGGCCGUGGUGGCCCAGUCCAUCCAGGAGCUCUUCGAGAAGGAGAACAUCACCGAGCCUCCGAAAGGAUGCGUGGGCAACACAAACAUCUGGAAGACCGGCCCACUCUUCAAACGAGUACUGAUGUCAUCCAAGUAUCCAGAUGGCCUCACAGGCCGGGUGGAGUUUAACGAUGAUGGAGACAGGAGGUUCGCCCACUACAGCAUCCUCAACUACCAGAAGACCCGGUUGGUCCAAGUGGGCGUCUAUAACGGCUCACAAGUCAUGAUGAACACACAGAGGAAGAUCAUUUGGCCAGGAGGAGACACUGAGAAGCCAAGAGGCUAUCAGAUGUCAACAAGAUUGAAGAUCGUGACCAUUCAUCAGGAGCCGUUUGUGUACGUGAAGCCGACGCUGCGAGACGGAACCUGUAAAGAAGAACACACCGUGAACGGAGUGCUGAUCAAAAAAGUCAUCUGCACUGGGCCCAACGAGACGAUUCCUGGUCGUCCCAUAGUGCCUCAGUGCUGUUAUGGAUUUUGCAUCGAUCUCUUGAUCAAGCUCGCAAUGACAAUGAACUUCACCUACGAAGUGCACCUAGUGGCUGAUGGGAAAUUUGGCACUCAGGAGCGUGUGAAUAACAGCAAUAAGAAGGAGUGGAACGGCAUGAUGGGAGAGCUGCUGGGUGGCCUGGCAGACAUGAUCGUGGCUCCACUUACCAUCAAUAAUGAGCGAGCCCAGUACAUCGAGUUCUCCAAACCAUUUAAGUACCAGGGGCUCACCAUUCUUGUCAAAAAGGAAAUACCUCGCAGUACGCUGGACUCGUUCAUGCAGCCCUUUCAGAGCACUCUUUGGUUACUGGUGGGUCUUUCGGUCCAUGUUGUGGCGGUGAUGCUCUACCUAUUAGACCGUUUCAGCCCAUUUGGAAGGUUUAAAGUGAAUAGUGAAGAGGAAGAAGAAGACGCCCUCACCUUAUCCUCUGCCAUGUGGUUCUCUUGGGGGGUACUUCUGAACUCUGGUAUUGGAGAAGGUGCCCCACGGAGCUUUUCGGCAAGAAUUUUAGGUAUGGUGUGGGCUGGUUUUGCUAUGAUUAUAGUAGCAUCUUAUACUGCCAAUUUGGCAGCCUUCCUAGUGCUGGAUCGGCCUGAGGAGCGCAUUACCGGCAUCAACGACCCUAGGCUGCGAAACCCAUCAGAUAAAUUCAUCUACGCCACGGUGAAGCAGAGCUCUGUGGACAUUUACUUCCGGCGUCAAGUUGAGCUGAGCACCAUGUACCGCCACAUGGAGAAGCACAACUACGAGAGCGCCGCUGAGGCCAUCCAGGCUGUGCGAGACGGCAAACUCCAUGCUUUUAUCUGGGAUUCAGCCGUGUUGGAGUUUGAAGCCUCGCAGAAGUGCGACCUGGUCACCACCGGAGAGUUGUUCUUCCGUUCAGGCUUCGGCAUCGGCAUGCGCAAAGACAGUCCUUGGAAGCAGAAUGUUUCCCUGGCCAUCCUCAGCUCUCAUGAGAAUGGGUUCAUGGAGGACCUUGAUAAAACAUGGGUGAGAUACCAGGAGUGUGACUCCAGGAGCAAUGCCCCAGCCACGCUCACCUUUGAGAAUAUGGCAGGCGUGUUUAUGCUUGUGGCUGGCGGCAUCGUUGCCGGGAUCUUCCUCAUCUUCAUCGAGAUUGCAUACAAGCGCCACAAAGAUGCUCGCAGGAAGCAGAUGCAGUUGGCCUUCGCAGCGGUUAACGUCUGGAGGAAGAACCUACAGGAUAGGAAAAGUGGUAGAGCAGAGCCCGACUCCAAAAAGAAAGCCUCUUUUAGGUCCAUCAGUACCAACCUGGCCUCCAACAUCAAGAGACGUAGGUCCUCCAAAGACACGCCAUAUCCCACGGACAUCACCGGCCAGCUCAACCUGUCUGACCCUUCCGUCAGCACGGUGGUGUGAACGCAGACAAGAGAGCGCAAAAAAAGGGAGCUAGACAUAAUGAGAGUGCGACAGAGAGACUAGAAACUGAGGAGAUGGUUGGCAGGGGUUGAGUGAAAUUGUGCCAGACCUGCUGAUCCCUUUCUAUCAACAAUGUCAACGUCUGAGCCAACAACAUGCUCAUCUGAGCAAAUAUAAACCCCAAAACUCUCUCUCUCACACACACACACACACACACACACACACACACACACACACACACACACACACACACACACACACACACACACACAUCUCCAUCCUCCUCCUCCUCCCCAGGCCUCUGUGCACAUGCCCAGGACACAACUGUGACACAUGAAAGAAACUGCCAAAAAAAAUUAAUAAAUAAAAAAUAAUGCCCUAGGAGCCGAAAAGUACUGCCGCAAUAUACCCUGACAUUCCUCGCUUCCGAAAACACCCAGCUUCAUUCUCCCACACUUUCAACACUCACGAAGCAUGCUCAAAGCUUAUUAUAAAGUUUUUAGAAAGCUAGUUCUAUUUACCUUAGGUUUGGCUUGUCAUAUUAACAUUUCAUUCAUUCAGUGGUCACUCUACCUCCAUUUUCUCUGCAUUUUAAAAUACACGUAGCUGAACAGUUUUAAACAGACUUUUACUACAUUUGUUUCAUGUUUGAUUUGCAAGGACUUUUGUUUUGUAUAUUCUAUAAUGCUGAUGUAAAAUAUACCUCUGAUUGCUAUUUGUAUUGUUAUUAGGAAUAGGCAAUAGAUAACUGGUACAUGUAGAGUAGAUUAAAGGAUAAAUCCACCCUGAAAGGUUUGUAUAAUCAUUUACACCAUCAGCGAUCUUUCAAUAAUGUCUUUCCUUUUUUUUUGCGUUCCUAUAUUA